AUGGGGACAGGGCAGGCAGAAGGAGUCGAAAUGAGAACGAAGCCUGGUGAGCAAAGGGGCCUGGGAGAAGGCAGGGCGAGGCGGCAAGGUCGGAGUGAGGCGCUGGGGGCAGAGGUUGGUCUUUUGCUUCACAUUUACAAGAGAAAGGAUGGCUUAAAGGGACAUUAUUCCAAUGAACUGUGGGACAGAAGGCGGCAACUGGUGACAUAUCUGUGGAACUUGUAUGGAAAAUUACGGCAUGUUCAUGGAGUUUUUGGCAUUGCAUAA